AUGUCCGUUAAAGAUUAUGUUAUGGAGUUCGAAAUGUUGUCGAUGAGAUGCGAACUGAAUGAGCCACGGGAGCAUACUAUUACUCUAUUUAUUGGUGGCUUGAACAAGGAAAUUGCAGAUGUUGUGGAGUUACAACCCUAUGUAUAUCUAGAAGAUGUGAUUAAGCUGGCCAGUAAGGUGGAAAAGCAGCGAAAACGCGACAAACUCAAUGCAUCACGGGUGUUUAACUCUAAACCAGUGGUUGCUAGUUCGGUCAACAAAGGGUCUACUUCAAAGUGGAAUGCACAGCAGAAUGAAGUGGGCGCUCAUAGGCCUCAAGCUGAGGAGACAAAGGGAAGGGAGAAGCACACUGAUCCGCAACACCCUGUUCGGAGCUGA